CAACAAACGUAUUGGUUAGGUACAACAAUGAUUAAGUGUGGAUUAAAGUCCUAAAACUGUGUUAAAGCUACAUAAAUUUCGCAAUUAACGGUACAGCAAACAAUAAACAUGAUUCUACCAGUGGACCUUCUGAAUGCCUUUCAUACAGCAAAAAACGAUAGGGUAAUUUGCAGUAUUGCAGUUUGUAUCUUGGCUCUCUGCUUUGCAGUUGGUUUGAUUUUUAGUUCAUUUUCUGCCUUAAUUAUUCUCUUUAGUUAUGUUGGUGGCAUUGCUGUUGCAAUAGCACUACUCAAUUAUGAAAAUGGUGUUCUUUAUUUUAUACAAAAAGGAAUAACUUUAUAUAAACAACACUUUUCAAGAGAAAAUCUUGACCAGCAUAAUGUUUGUACAAUAUGCAGUGGUCAGGGUUGCUUUAGACAUAAAAAGAAUAGCAGACUACCAUGGAAAAACAUUUAUAUUAAUAAAGAACUAAAUUCAAAUGUUGAAAAUUUCUUUCAACACAUAUUAGAUGAGUUUAUUCUGUCAUGGUAUACUGAUUAUACCAAUGAUCAAAGCUUUGUUUAUGAACUAAAACAUUCCAUAAGAUAUGCCACAGGAGUGGCAGUAAAACGUUUUUUAGAGUUAGACAUUGGUCAUAUUAUAACUAAUAAGUUAAUUCCAUGUGCAAUGAAACAUGUUGAUGAUCAUUUGUGCAUGGUGCAGAUUGCAGAGCUUAAGAAUUCAGAAAUUAACAAGAUUGCUGUAGAUUAUUUAGGCAAAAGACUUCAUAUUGCUGCUACUACAAGAAGCAAUGAAUUGAAAUAUUUGCAAAACUUAGCAUCGGCUCUAACUGAACGAUUAUUACCAGCAGAAAAUUUAAAGUGCAAAAACUUUACGUUUUUAUUACGUGAAUUAUUGAGUGGGUGGGUAUUGCUACCUUUAAUGGAUGUGCUUGCCGACCCGCAUAUUAUCAAUGAACUAGUCAUAUUAACAAUAACGUACAAAUCUAAAUCUAAGUCCAUGUCACACCAUUCUGCGGAGAAAGUAGAAUUACUUUCAAACUACGGCGCUAUUCAAGCCAAGGAUGUUGCUUUGGCUAUGGAUUUGAAGACAAUUAUUGAGGACCCGAUUAAUUUAUAUCAUUUUAUGCAAUAUUUAAAGAAAGAAGGCGUUGUACACUUACUACAAUUCUACUUAAAUAUAGUGGAUUUCAAUAGUAAUCUGUUGAAACCUGACUUAACUAAACGCCAACUGGAAGAAUUACAUGCAGAUGCGUUAACAUUGUACAAAGAUUAUUUGGAUCCAAAAAGCGACAACUUUAUUGGUUGUGCAGAUGAUAUUAUAAACGAGCUACGCGAUUUGUUAAAUGAAGGCGUUUAUAAUGUAGCAAAACUACAAACUUCUGAACCUUUGUAUAAAGCAUCAGAGUUUACAUUCAACGUGCUAGAAAAUGAAUGGCUGCCGUUAUUUUAUCAUAGCAUUGAGUUCUAUUUAUUGGUCGGCGGUAAUAAAACAUCAAGUAACUCAACAAAAGGAGCAGCUACAAGCCCAUUUAUAACAGGAUCACCCGUCAGAUUCAGACAAAGACGUUUAGAAAGCCAAGGAACUGUUGCAAAACUAAGCAAUAGUUUGGGGAAAAUUAAAGGAGCUUUACAAGCAAAACAACCAGUCGAAGGUUCGAUAUAUCCACCUGAAUCGCGAAUUGUCGAAAGUGAUGCGGCAUUUGUGGAAGACUUUUCCGAAUGCACGAAUCGGCGUAACCUAAGCACCUGGCGCAUAUCCAUUCCAGCCGUUGUGCCCAUACAGUUUGAUUCAAAAACAAUAUACGAUUUCAAUAUAGACGUGCAACGCACGGACGCAUUAUCGACAGGGGAAAUUCGACACUGGACCGUUAAACGACGCGACCAAGAUUUCUACACACUCAAGUCGAAGCUGAUCGAGUUUCACGGCGAGAAUGAGAUCUGUAACUCACCCUUACCCGCCCGACGCUCCAAUCUCUCACUGGAUGCCAGAAAAUCAAAGUAUGAGGAAUUUUUGAAAAAGCUUUUAGAAAAACCGCUCCUGAAGGGUAGCGAUCUGCUGUAUUCGUUUCUAACAUCCAAGCAGAAUUUCACGUUGUUAGUCACGACAUCGCUGCCAAUGGUCGAUUUAGAAAAUAUUUAUCAGUCUGUUACUUCUAAAUUGAGGAAAGAACGCGGGCAGCAUUUAGAUAAUUUUCUUGUAACAUUUUUUAAUUCCACCAGCGGUCCAAAAGCACAAAAAUUUGAAUGGGCUGAAAUCGGGGAUGAAGUUGAUUCUUCAAGUUUAACUUUAUUUAACACGCUACCGAAAACAUUCAAAAACAAAGUGUUUGGAGACAAUUACGGAGCUGUUUAUCAAAGAGACGUAAAAAGUUCAUCAACUUCAAUAAAUCCGAACGGAAUAACAGACGCAGGAUUCUAUUUAUUGAAACAUAUAUUCCGUGUACCCGAGCCUUUAUUAAAAUUCUAUGUAUGUAUUUGUCGUGUUGCUCAACAAGCAGUUGAAUCGAUGUGCCGAAUGUUGAUAGACAGAAGUAUAAAGUCCGCUUUAGAUCAGCCGACAUUAGCAUUUCUAAUAAAAGAAUUGGAAGAGGUAAUAUUUGGCAAACUUGUGCCAACAACGGAUGAAGAGCGGAAACUGCGGAAGGAGAAAGCGGCGAAGUUGUUGGCGGAAACUGUACCCAACUUUUGUACUGUUAUAUUGGGGAAGGACUUUAGGGGCGGACUUUUGAGGUUGUUGGAAAUAUUACAAAAUCCUUUGUAUAACAAGCAGUUGGCAUAUAGUUUAAUGGAUAUUGUGAUAGGUGAAAUGUACCCAGAACUUGAUACUUCAGAUGAAUUUUACUGAUGUUUCAAGUAUUGCUUAUUGUGCAUUUACACAUAUAUUUAUUGGUGAUAUUAACUUUGUUUUUAUAGCCUUUUAUAUUUGCUUGGCAUUUAAGUAAUUAAAAAAUUACUAACGUUGUAUGUAAAUAUAUAAUCUACUUACA